AUGGCUAGAGGGUUACGUGAACAUGAAAUUUUUGAUUUAUUGUGUGAUGGUCAUGUAUCAGAAUUAGAUUUUUCGGACGAAGAAACGGAAGAUCAGUUCGAUAAUGAUGAACUGCAACAAUUAUUAAAUGAUUUUGAAGAAUGGGAUGACCAAGACGAGCUGAAUGAAACAAAAAAAAUUCCAAAAAAUAAUAUAGAUAAAUUUAUAAAAGUUCGUCUUUUAUACGACGCAAUUAAUAAAAAAUGUAAUAGUUUGCCGGUUGAAAGAAGGUUAAGUAUCGAUGAACAAAUGGUUCCCUAUAAAGGACAUUUGCAAAUGAAGCAAUAUGUAAAAGGUAAAUCCUGUCCGUGGGGUAUAAAAGCAUUUUUGCUAUGUGGUGAAAGUGGUAUGGUUUACAAUAUACUGCUUUAUACUACUGAACUAGAUACAAGGACACAAAAAAAAUUUGGUCUAGGCGCUAGUUUGCAAGCCAACCAAACAUACUCUGUUGGUACUAUUCGUACUAAUAGAUUCGCAAAUCCACCCUUAUUAACCGAUAAACAAUUAGCCAAAAUGGGGAGAGGUACAGCCUUAGAAAUUUCAACUAAUAUGGAAAAUUGCAAUUUAUGUAUGGUGAAAUGGUAUGAUACAAGGUCUGUUACCUUAGUUUUCAAUUAUAUAGGAUCCAGACAGUUGGACACUGUAAGACGUUGGGAUAAAAAAUUAAAAAUGUACUUCAAUAUUGAAAGGCCGAAAAUAAUAACAGCAUACAAUACAUUAAUGGGUGGUGUCGAUAAGGUAGACCAACUCAUCAGUUAUUAUCGAACAUUUAUACGUUCAAAAAAAUUGACACUACGAAUGAUUGUAAAUGCUUUCGAUCUAAUAGUUGUUAACUGUUGGAUACAAUAUAAAAAAGACGCUGACCAUUAUAACAUAAAUAAAAAUAAAAGAAAAGAUCUGCUACAUUUCAGAAUGGCACUUGCGGAAAAUCUCAUAAAAGUAUGCCAAAAUGUACCAAUAAAACGUAGGGGAAGACCUCGUGCAGAUACAGGAGAUAAUAAUGAAGUUUCAACGAUACCCAAAGUACGAAAAGUCGAUUCCAGUCAGCCAACAGAUGAUGUGCGAAAAGAUAAAUUUGAUAAUUUUCCUGAGUUUGAUGCAAAAGGCCACACUUCGAGAUGCAAAAAUCCUGCAU